CACCUGAUCUCCUCGCCCUAUUCCGAUGCUCUCAACCAACUCCACCUCCCCUCACUCAGUCUUCCUUCACGCCUAUUCGCGCUCGCCCUUUCAGCCCUCCGACCAAUCCGCCCAGACUACGCCACGGCGCCAUACCUCGAAUCCUUCAACUGGUCGGAUGUCUUCGCACUCCUGCGCACAUUGUGCCAUCGAUCCAACCACGAGUGGCAAGCAUCCGAGUUCUACGUGGUCAUCUUUCGGUCGAAAUUACUGGAGACUGCAGACCGCGAGAGGCUAGGGUUACUGGACGAAAUGUCACACCGCGAAGCUUGCGAGAGUGGAGGAUUGUUGAAGUAUUGGUUUGGCAGCACCGAUGGACAGCGGAGGAAUCUGGCGACUUGCUUGUGGAGUCAUCGAGAGGAUGCUGCCAAAGGAGGUGCUGGUCCGUGGCACAAGCAGGCGAGGGCUUCUGCGAGGGUCAUGUAU